AUGACAGCCAAAGGCAUUGACUCUCGAACUCCAUUGUGGCUGGAUUGUGAUCCUGGUCACGAUGAUGCGUUCGCAAUUCUAAUCGCAGCCCUUCACCCCGCAUUGAAUUUACUUGGAAUCACAACUAUUCAUGGCAAUGCUUCACUGGCGAAGACUACUGCGAAUGCCGGGAGCGUUCUCGAGGCGAUUGGCAGGCCGGAGAUUCCUGUCUACCCGGGAAGUUCAAAGCCAUUCUCUCGGCCUGCUUUGCAUGCGCCGGAUAUUCAUGGUGAAUCGGGCCUCGAUGGAACGGAUCUUCUUCCCAAGGCCUCCGUAGCACCUAUCACAGAUCAGAACCCAAUCUUGGCCAUGAGAGAUGCUCUUCUAGCUCAACCCAAGGGCACCCCUUGGGUGAUCGCCACGGGAACGUUGACCAAUGUGGCCCUACUCUUUUCAACUUUCCCGGAAGUUGCGGAGCAUAUUGCAGGCCUUAGUAUCAUGGGAGGCGCUAUUGGCAAUGGUUUUACCGAUGCUCCAAUGAGCAAACUUCCCGGUGAAGAGGCACGAAUUGGAAAUGUGACCCCAUGGGCAGAAUUUAACAUUUACUGCGACCCAGAAUCAUCUGAGGCUAUCUUCAGUAAUACCGUUCUGGCAUCUAAGACAGCUCUUAUGGCCUUGGAUCUUACCCACCAGGUCUUGGCUGAUUCAGAGGUUCAAAGCCGUAUCUUGCAUGGCGCUAGGGACUCUUCUAAGGAGCCCACGAUUAUCAGAAAAAUUCUCCACGCUCUUCUGAUUUUCUUUGCAGGAACAUAUGAUAAAGUUUUUGGUCUCUCCACUGGACCUCCGCUGCAUGAUCCUCUUGCAGUGGCAGCUAUGUUAUCAAAUCUGAACCCAGAAUUUGCCAAGAAGCAUCCAGAGCAAGCGAUUAAGUUCGACGAUAAAGGUGGUGAGCGCUUUGCUGUCAGUAUCGUGACUGAUGGUAUUCAUGGCCAGGAUGUGUCUAUUACUGGACAGCUGGGACGCACUCUAGCUACUCCGGUCAAGGGGCCCGGUGUGGCUAUCCCACGAGGCGUGGACCUUGAAGCAUUUUGGAACCUGAUUCUUGAAUGCGUGCAAUUGGCGGAUGACUGCAAUGCAGCCCGCGCAUGA